AUGGAAAGGAAUGGUCAGAUGGGUUUGAUUGGAGAGAAUUUUGAGUCUGGUUUGCUAGGGAGGCUGAGGGAAGAUGAGUACGAAAGUAGGUCUGGAAGCGACAAUUUUGACGGCGGCUCUGGCGAUGAUCUCGAUGCUGGCGAUGAUCAGCCUAGGAGUAAGAAGAAGAAGUAUCAUCGACACACUCCGCAACAAAUUCAGGAGCUCGAAAAUUUCUACAAGGAGUGUCCUCAUCCCGAUGAGAAGCAAAGAUCUGAUCUUAGCAAGAAACUCGGCUUGGAGAUCAAGCAAGUCAAGUUCUGGUUUCAGAAUCGGCGAACUCAGAUGAAGACACAAAUGGAGCGCCAUGAGAACAUGAUUCUGAGGCAGGAUAAUGAUAAGCUUCGGGCAGAGAACAGUCUGAUGAAAGAUGCAAUGGCCAAUCCGAUAUGCAGCAACUGCGGUGGCCCAGCAAUUCCUGGACAAAUUUCAAUGGAGGAACACCAGAUUCGAAUUGAGAAUGCUCGACUGAAGGAGGAAUUGGCCCGAGUGUGUAACUUGUCCAACAAGUUCCUCGGCCGCCCACUCUCGGCACUGGCCCCCAUGUCUAUGCACACUCAGAAUUCUGGUCUUGAGUUUGGUAUGGGAAGGAACGGUGUGGUUGGGCCAAACAAUUUCAACAUGUCGCUCCCAAUGGGUUUUGAUAUGGGAGACGGGGUUAUGGGAACUCCACCCCCAUAUCCUGGAUCUCGAACACCGAUGGGCAUGAUGGGCAGUGAUGCUCAGCAGGAGAGAUCUAUGCUUCAUGAACUCGCAUUUGCUGCUAUGGAUGAGCUGAUCAAGAUGUCUCAGCCGGAUUCCGCUCUCUGGAUUAAGGGUUCAGAUGGCACAAAGGAAGUGCUUAACCAUGAUGAGUACGCAAGAAUUGGUUCUCCCUUUAACGAUCCAAAACCAACUGGUUUUGUAACUGAAGCGUCAAGAGAAACCGGACAGUUAUUCAUCAGCAGUGCGGCCCUUGUGGAAAUAAUGCAUGAAGCGGAUCGGUGGUCAGAGAUGUUUCCGUGUAUGAUUGCUCGAGCACAAACCUUGGAUGUGAUAUCCAAUGGUAUGGAUGGAAGCAGAAAUGGAUCUAUACAAGUGAUGCAAGCUGAGAUUCAAUUGCCUUCUCCAUUAGUCCCUGUGCGACAAUACACUUUCCUAAGGUAUUGCAAGCAGCAUGCUGAAGGUGUGUGGGUUGUUGUUGAUGUUUCAAUCGACAUCAAUCGUAAUUCUGCCAAUGGAAACCCUUUCAUGGGUUGCAAGAGACUUCCUUCUGGAUGCAUUUUGCAGGAUAUGCCUAAUGGUUGUUGCAAUAUUACUUGGGUUGAUCAUUCUCAAUAUGAUGAGAGUGUUGUCCACCAAAACUUCCGACCAUUGGUUAAUUCUGGCACCGCGUUUGGUGCUCAUAGAUGGAUUGCAACUCUCGAGAGGCAAUGUGAAUCCCUUGCAAUCCUCAUGUCUGCUGUACCAACCGAAGACGCCACAGCGAUAAGCCCAGCAGGAAAGAAAAGCACGUUGAAGCUUGCGCAGCGGAUGUCUGACUACUUCUUGUCUGGAAUUUGUCCUUCGUCGGCUUGCAAGUGGGACGUCCUUCAUAUGGGUAAUAUGGGAGACCAUGACAUGAAAAUCAUGUCUCGGAAACAUAUGGAUGGCCCUGGUGAAUGCAUUGUGCUAAGUGCUUCAACUUCUGUUUGGAUGCCGGUGUCACGUCAGAGGGUGUUUGAUUUCCUCAUUGAGACACGGAUGAGAGGCGAGUGGGAUGCUUUGUCCAACAGUGGAACCACGCAGGAGAUGGUUCACAUCGCUAAAGGUCAAGCACUUGGAAAUUCCGUUUCUAUCCUCCGUGUUAGUAAUGCUGAUGGUAACGGAAACGAGGCAAACAUGCUAUACCUACAAGAUUCGUGGACUGAUAGCACUGGCUCGAUGAUCGUGUAUUCUCCAGUCAGUUUGCAAUCCUUGAACAUGGUGAUGGGUGGCGGGGAUUCUUCAUUUGUUGCUCUUUUGCCUUCUGGCUUUUCAAUUCUACCAGAUGGCCACUCCAACAGCAACAAUAUCGGCGGAGGUUCAAGUGAUGGAAGCGGCAACUUCGGCGGAGACAACGACAACAGCGGAUGCUUGCUGUCAGUUGGAGUACAGAUGUUGCUGAAGAACCUUCAAGCAGGCAAGAUGACAAAGGAGACGGUUGAUACUGUUAAUACGCUCAUCGCAGGCACCAUUCAGAAGGUCAAAGAUGCUCUUGGAGUUGCAUGA